AUGAUUGGAAAUCACGAUAUUGAAAUGAUUUCGAUUUGUAACAAUGGGCAGAAUAGAAUUUGGAAAAACCUCAAAAUAAAUGAUAAAGAUUAUGUGAUCUGUUUUAUAAAGGAAAAUGAAUCAAGAAAAAUUUUUUUAACAGACCUAAUAGAAAUUUGGGUGGAGACUCUGACAGACGAAACUAUGUUUCAUAAAUGUCAGACCAUGAAUCCUCUUUUAAAUCUUGAGGUUUUUGACUGGAAGCAAAUGAUACUGGAUAUGUUAAAUGAUAUCCCUCAAUACGUACAUGCAAACGUUUUAGAAGUUACAACAUAUCGAAUAGAAUUGCGAAAAGACAAAGAUUUUGUAAAAUUGAAAUUUUCAUUGGAUCUUCUUAAAGGAACGCCACAGCAAUUUUGGGAAAGUGUGAUUGUACCUCUCUGCUCAUCAUCAAUGGAACUGAUUCGCAGAUACAAAAUUCUGCUAAAUCUGAUUAAACAGAAGGAUGAAGAGAUAGCGGAAUACAAAGCUGAAGGCGCAGAAUUAAUUAGAAAAUAUAUCGCUACGAAGCCAUUUAAUGAAGAAUUGUUUCACACUGAUGCUGCUGGAUCAACUGAUUUUGUAAACAUUUUCCAAUCUGUGAUUCGUUUUUAUAAUGAAAUAACCUUGUUAAAGUCAUACACAAAAUUAGAAGUAUCUUCAAACAACGCAAGUACUAAUGACCCCAAGAUUGAUGGAAAUGUUCCUCUUGAUUCAUCAAAGAAUGAUUCUAUACAGAAGUUAAGGCAAGAUGAAUUGAAUAAACAAGGACCUUCAAAAGAAGAGUACAAAACAAAUCUUUCUAGCAAAGCUUCACUUUUGGAAAUAAGUAGUACAUCUCAUACGAUACGCGUUAUCUAUAUUAUUCACUGUGCGAUAAUUCUCGGUGCGUGGCAUAUGUUCAAUAUGGCGGGACACAGUCAGCAAGACUUCAAUAGGAGUGCGUUGACGCUCGAUAGCGGACGGGCAUGGUAUACAGGGCAAAGGGCAGAAAAGAUUCCUAAUGGUUUGAUAAGAGUCAUUGAUCACGAUUGUCUCGGUUUGGAUCUCUCCUAUAACGAAUUGUCAACUAUUUCUGGUAUAAAGGAUUUUGAGCAGCUUCAGGAAUUGAUUUUGGACAAUAACAAGCUCGACAAUCUCAAAACAUUACCUCAUAUGCCGACUUUGACCACUCUGAGUCUUAAUAAUAAUAAGAUAUUCAAUAUCGAUAAAGCUCUUGAUAAAAUACGAGAAUGUUGUCCCAACGUGGAGUACGUGAGUCUUCUGGGCAAUCCCGGUUGCCCUGAUCAAUUGACCAAUCCAACGUCUACUGAUGAAGAUGAUUAUGAGCGUUACAGGCUAUAUGCUAUCCACAUUUUACCUCCGAGUCUUCGCUUUCUAGACUCCCGAAGAGUCACUCAGCAGGAGAGAUCAAAUGCUAACACUCGCGGUAGAUAUUCCAAGACGAUCAAGCUCAUCCCGGAAUUGAUUCGCAAGUACGUACCCAGUUCAACGCAAACCAAUAAUGAAUUUGAUGACAUAUACUUCAACAUCCAUUACACACCCUUGCCAAGUUCGGUGCGCAAUCCUCAAGAUCACAAAGGUGUAUAUGGUAAAUGUAAAUAUCGAUAUUCUGGCAAGAAUUCAGAAGGCAACAGGUUCAUCUCGAACAACGAUCUUUAAUCGAGAAUUGCAUAUAUAUUUCUAAGCGUGGUUUUAAAAUAUUAUA